UUCAAAAAAUCCCCAAAACAAUCUCCAAUCGAUGAAAAUAAAUAAAUUAGAGAGAAAAUAGAAGUGUUACCUCUCCGAGGAAAAUUAGGGCCCGCCGGCUUAGAAUAGUUUGGAAAGUACAAUGCGGUGAUGUUGGCGCAACAGACCACUCAACUGAGGAACAAAAAAAAUAGUAUUUAAUUUAACAAUUACUAAAAUUAAAUGCUAGUCUUGGUCAAAAAAUAAAUAAAAAUGUUACUUACGUAGAAAAAAAAUGGAUGUGAUAACCUUCGGAAUUAUAAUCGCCGUUAUUGUUUUGUUCUUAGUAAUCGUCUGCUACAUCACCAUUCAAGGCACUUGCUGCAACUCACGCUCUUAAAUUCAAUUCUUCAAUUUCAAUUUCAAUGGCAUUGAGUAGCAGUAGAAGAAAGAGAGUUGAAUUGUUGUUGCCUAUCUUGUGUUUGUUAAUUUGCUUCUUUUUGGAUCUCGUAACUGCUCAUCAAGAUCACUCUCAUUCUACAUCCAACAUUCAUCAUCAUCACUGUGACGGAGAACAUGAUCAUCACCACGAUCAUGGUCAUGAUCAUCAUGACCAUGAUCAUGUUCAUCAGUCCAAGAAGCUACUUCCAGAGGAGUUAGCGGAAGAGGAGGAUAUGAAACUCUAUGGGUUUGGUUUACCCCAUCACGACCAUCACCAUACUGGGUUUACUGAACUAUCGGGUUUAGGGCUUUGGUUGAAUGCAUUGGGCUGUUCAUUUCUGGUGAGCAUGGCUUCCCUGAUUUGCCUGAUUAUCCUGCCUGUAAUUUUUGUUCAAGGGAAACCUUCAAAGACCGUUGUUGAUUCAUUGGCUUUAUUUGGGGCAGGAGCUAUGUUGGGAGAUGCUUUUCUUCACCAACUACCACAUGCUUUUGGUGGUGGUGAACAUUCCCAUUCUCACGGCGACCAUGCAGACCAUGACCAUGACCAUAAUGCUCGUUCUGGACAUGGACAUUCACAUUCUUUAGCUGAUCUUUCUACAGGAAUGUCUAUCUUAGCUGGAAUUGUACUCUUUCUUCUUGUGGAGAAGCUAGUGAGGUAUGUUGAAGAAAACUCAGGAGGAGCUAAUUCGUGGGGGCAUGGACACCACCACCAUAACCACAACAGCACGAAAAAAUUGAAAGAUGAUAACGAUUCUGAUGUCAACAUUCAGUCAAAGUCUAUCAAUACAAAAAAAGAGAGAUUGGAAGAUGAGGGGAAAGAAGACAAUCAGGUAUCACAUGACUCGUUGAAGGGAGAUAAGCCAGCUCAAUCUGAACCCUCGCUUAGAAAGAGAAGUGGAAGCAAUGCAACUAAAGGUGAUAGUCUCAAUGAUAAUGCUGAAGAUAGCUCCACUGAUAACGUCAAAUCUUCAAAUGUUAAAGAACCAGUUAGACCAGCAAGUAGUCUUGUGUUUGGCUAUCUCAAUCUUUUCUCCGAUGGAGUUCAUAAUUUCACUGAUGGAAUCGCAUUAGGAAGUGCAUUCAUGCUUUAUGGAUCUGUUGGUGGCUGGUCUAGAACUCUGUUUUUGUUGGCACAUGAAAUACCUCAAGAGGUUGGUGAUUUUGGUAUUUUGAUAAGAUCUGGUUUCAGCAUACCAAAAGCUUUGCUGUUCAACUUUUUAUCAGCACUUGUGGCCCUUGCAGGCACUGCAUUGGCUCUGCUCUGGGGGAAAGAUCCUGGGCAGUCAUCUCUGAUUGAGGGAUUUACAGCAGGUGGAUUUAUAUACAUCGCCAUUGCAGGAGUACUUGCAGAAAUGAAUAACAAUGGGAAGACGACAUUUAGAAGUACAGCCAUUCAAAUAAUCUCACUGACGAUGGGCAUGGCUGUUGCCCUUGGCAUUUCCCUUAUAGAAUGAAUAAAAUGUUCUCUCUUUGGACUUGCAUAUCUUGAUUCUUGAUGUGCCAAUUAUUACACUAAAUGUAUGCAACCUAUCUAAAAAUCUUUUCAUUAUAUAUUUGCUGCAUGCUAUGUAGUGAGCUCAGAAAAGCUUGUAGGGUAGGUGAACUAGGAGAAAAUGAUAGAUCAAAUCUUAAUGGCCAGACUUAAACUUGCAAUGAUUCCUUAACUCUCAACACAGUAAACUUUGUAUAAUAGAUGUCUCUACAAACCAUUUGUAUUUGUCAGAUUAUGUAACAACAUUUUUGCCCCUUUUGAGCAAUAUAGCAGUCAAGAUGCUUUCCUCUUAUGCA